CCGCCCAAAGCAAAACAAACGCCAGAUAUUUUUUAAUUUUUUCGCUUGGCGCGAAUUUAUUGUAAAAACCAUGAAUGGAACGCGAAAAAAUAAGUCGAUAAGGACGAUUCGCUUAGCCGACGUUCUGUAUGACGAGCAGAAACGCCUUAUAACACUCUGCCGUAGCUGCGAACGCCAUUUUAUGACGUUCCAAUCGUUUCAGAACCACUUAAUCGACUGCUCGGGACUCAAACAUAUAGUAACGCCGGCCGAUCCACUAACAUACGAUGACGCCAAGCGGGAAACGAGGCUGGUGAAUGGUAGACAGGAGCUCCAUAUCUACGACCUUGAGGCAGUAAAGUGUUCCAGCGCUAAUAAUUCUAUCAUUGACUGGGAGGCGGAACUGGAGGACCCCCGCUGGUACACCGACGCCAAGCCCCCGGCACAAGCCCUUCCCAAAACCAAAUCCAAGGAGAAUGUGGUGACGGAGUACCUAGUUCAGUUGACCGAGGAGCCGCCCGAAACAGAAGUGGUGCCCGUUAAACGCCAGCGUACCCUCUCAUCCGCCCGCCGCCCCAUUCUCACCGCCCAGCAGCAACGAAGGUCACGUACCAGCCAACCUUCGCCACAGCCGCCCGCAGUAAAAACGAAAAAGGACACCAUCCUGGUGCCCACUGUGCUCGAGGACCUAAUGCGACUGCAGGAGUCCCCCAAAAAGGAGCAGAACACUCGCGCAGCUCCAGCGGCUCAGCAUGCAUCUCGUUCACCAACUGCUAGAAAAUCUCAAAUACCUCCUUCGAGGUCACCUAAGCUGCCUCCUGUAGCGGACUCUGAAAAACCUCCUCGCAGGACAUCUCAAAGAUCCACUCCACCCAUAACAUCUCAAAAGCCUACAGCUCCGGCGACAACCAAAGUAAGUCCUGCGAUAGAAAAACCACCCAUGGAUGGAACUCAAAAGAUCCUGAACAAACUUAGAGCCUGCGGCGUGGAGGUAAAGCGGGGAAAUACCCGGUUAAAUGGCACUCCUCCAAACGAUCAAAAUCCAACCAAAAAUCAAGAAACCCUCGACAUCAUGCGUAAGCUGCAAUCAAAGGGUAUCAGAUGCACCAAAGUAAAAAAACAGUAGAAGUAUUAGAUGUAAUUGUUUAGCUUAAGGAUUAGUUUGACAAUGAACAGUGCCUCUGAAGGCAUAGUACAUAUUAGUAAGUUAUGUUUCUUCAAUGCUGAAGGUUUAAAAAAUGUAAUAAACAGAAGGUUUUACAAGGCA